AUGCACGUCCAUUCGAUUCCGAUGUGGACCGGAAAGGGCAAUAACUAUGCCUAUCUGGUGACUGACGAACCGACAAAACAAUCCGUGAUUAUUGAUCCUGCCAAUCCACCAGAAGUUGCGCCGGUCUUGAAUUCGCAGAUCAGAAACGGGACGAUCAAUCUCACUGCCAUUGUGAACACUCAUCAUCACUGGGAUCAUGCCGGCGGGAAUAAUGAAAUCCUUGAACAAUUCGGUACACUCCCUGUCAUCGGAGGAAAGGACAGCGCAUCCGUGACGACGACUCCCAAGCAUGGUGAGACGUUCAAGAUCGGCGAGCGGAUUACGGCCAAGGCUCUCCACACCCCCUGCCACACUCAGGAUAGCAUCUGUUACUUUAUGGAGGAUGGUGAUCAGCGCGUGGUAUUUACAGGAGAUACCCUUUUUAUUGGAGGAUGCGGCCGUUUCUUCGAAGGAAAUGCCCAGGAGAUGCACAAAGCGUUGAACGAAACUCUUGCCGCGUUGCCGGAUGACACCAAGGUCUACCCCGGCCACGAGUACACAAAAGGAAACGUCAAGUUCUGCAUGGCCGUUUCGGAGUCUGAGCCAAUCAAGAAAUUGCAGACAUUUGCGGCGCAGAACCAGCAGACGCAGGGCAAGUUUACUAUCGGUGAUGAGAAAUUGCACAAUGUUUUUAUGCGUGUUAAUGACCCCGAGAUUCAGAAGAAGACAGGAAAGACGAACCCGGUGGAUGUGAUGGCGGCGUUGAGAGAGAUGAAAAAUGCUAUGUAG